AUGCAGCAACAGCAGCAGCAGUUCGUCAAUGGGUUCCUCAGGGAGGUGCGGUGCGAGCAGUAUGUGGCGCAGUUUGUAUCCUGUGGGCUCGUGACGCCGCGGGACGUCGCCGCAGUCGACAGAGAGAUCCUAGUUGCCAUGGGGGUCGCACAUCUGGGCCACAGACUGCGUAUCUUGAGAGGAGUACGAUUGUUGAAACAGCUGCAAUACGGACAGCGGGACGAGAGGGUCCAGGGGCAGGUAGAUACCGUUGUGCGGCAGUUUGCUGCUCUGGGGACCGGUAUGGAUGCGACUGGUACGGCAGCUGCUUCAGCAGCAGCAGGCGCAGCAGCAGUGACUGCCGCCGCGCCCUCUAUGGCUAGUGCAGCUGUCUUUGGGGAGGGUGCCAUUGGGGAUGAGCUGGCAGGUAACAUGGUGGUGGAGCGGCACCACGUUAUAUUUGUGCUGAACGAUGGGUCCGCGAAGAAGGUGAACGUCAGCGGGUGCUUCAACGCUGCGUCGAUCAAGAGACGGCUCAUUAGGAGACUUCCAAGCUCGCUCGUGGCAACUACAGGGCCUGAAUCGCAACAACAACAGCAGCAGCAACAACAGGCUGGUAGUGCCGCCACGUCCGAGGAUAAACUGUACGAUGUGUUUGUCGUCGACUACACGAAGAAUGUGCUCCAUUUGCUUUACGAUGUGGAGCUAGUCACCAUUUGUCACUCGGAGGAUCGCCAGGAGAGGAACAGACUCAUUUUUGUAUCGAGGGACCAAACACCAAGCGAGCAAGCGAUUCUUACUUCGAAGAAGAUAUUUAUCCGGAGCGUCACGGGCGGGAACUCCGCCUUGGUUGGGGCCCCCCAGAUGAGACCGCGGCUCAAGAUUGACAACAGCGAGGGGAAGAUAAGAAAGAUCUUUGACCAGAGACCCCCGAGCGAAUUUAUCUCCACGAACCUCGUCGGGUACUUUCCGGAAGCGGACGUCAAGAAACUGCAGACAACACUGAGGGAGUCCUACCGUCAAUCACUGCGACUCAGCACUGCUUCAUCGUCAAAGAGAAGUAUCAGCGGCGAGUCCAACAAAGUAGGUGAUAUCCUGCUGAAACACUCCAAUGCUGUGGACCACGCUUUGUGGCAGAGUCUGAAAAGACAGCCCGCAACGACCACCACUCAGCAGCAGAAGUCCCAACACUCUAGUCCAGCUGCUGGCACAAAUGCCACCGGGUCAUCGGACCUGUUCCAGUUGUAUGACACUGAAUCAUCGCCUAUUCAUCACGGUGGGCACAACGAAAGUGAGGAGGACGACUGGAAUGACAACGAGGACGUCGUUGAUCUGCCCACAAAGAUCGAAACACCCAAAUCGUGGCUCAAGGGGGCGAUGAUCGGCUCCGGUAGUUUUGGGAGCGUGUACUUGGGGAUGAACGCGCAGACUGGGGAACUCAUGGCCGUGAAGCAAGUGGGAAUCACACCGCCACCGCCUGGGGAUACCAAGGCUACCGGUGGGGACAGUGCUUUGGACAGCACGAAGAAACAGACGGCGGACAAGAAACAGUCGCAUGUGUACAGGAAGAUGGUCGAGGCAUUGGAACACGAGAUGACGCUACUCAAGGAAUUGCACCACGAAAACAUCGUUACGUACUAUGGCUCCUCACAGGAGAGUGGGAACCUCAACAUCUUUUUGGAGUACGUUGCCGGUGGGUCUGUAUCGUCGAUGUUGAACAACUAUGGGCCUUUCGAGGAGUCGCUGAUCACCAACUUCACGAGACAGAUUCUUAUCGGGGUGUCGUACCUGCACGGAAAGAACAUCAUCCACAGGGACAUAAAGGGCGCCAACAUCCUGAUCGACAUCAAGGGCUGUGUCAAGAUCACGGACUUUGGGAUCUCCAAAAAGCUGUCCCCAUUGAGCAAAGCAAAGCAGGGGCUCCCCGCUGGUGGGGCUGCCGCACAGGGCGAGUUAGCCCAAAAUGGCUCCACUUCUGAUAAGAGAACGUCUUUACAGGGGUCCGUUUUCUGGAUGGCACCCGAGGUGGUCAAACAAACGGCAACUACGGAGAAGGCUGAUAUCUGGUCCACCGGGUGUGUCGUGAUUGAGAUGUUCACGGGGAAGCACCCGUUCCCGGACUUCUUGCAGAUGCAAGCGAUCUUCAAGAUUGGGACGAACGUCACCCCAGAGAUCCCCAGUUGGGCGUCGGACGCUGGGAAACAGUUCUUAAGACAGGCCUUCGAGUUAGAUUAUAAAAGACGGCCCAGCGCCAUUGAGCUGUUGCAGCACGAGUGGUUAGAUACACACUUGCUUCAGCGAGGCGCCGGUGUUCUUAUAUAG